GAUAUUUUUUCCGUACGAUAUCUAAGGAACGUAUAAAUCUAAAAGGGGCGUUAGGAAUCCAACGGAUCCUGAAGCUGUCACAAAAUCCCGUUGGAUCCCGAAUUCGUUACCACCGUCCUUCAACGUCGCUCGUCUUUAUUCGGAAUUCAAGCCGCCCUCUCCCGGCCCCGCCGGAAACAGCACCGAAGGCCACACCGUAGAAAGCUAUUUCUUCGUCCAAGAAGUCGGCCGAGAGGGAGAAAUCGAGAUAGAUUUAAAAGCCCUUGAUUCGUUGGAGAAAACCGAGGAGAUGAUCCUGGAAUCGGUGGAGGAGGGAGGGGAAUCGAUGAUCGGAAGUGCCCUAACGAGGAGUUUGGGGGGAAUUGGAGGAGGAGGAGGAGGAGACGGAGACCUCCUUUUCCCGCCUACGAAUUUUUCGAUGGUGGACCGGGGGAUCUACAGGUCGGGAUUCCCCAAUCAGGAGAAUCUUGGAUUCUUGGAUGCUUUGAACCUGCGAUCCAUCGUGUACCUGUGCCCGGAGCCGUAUCCGGAGGUUAAUGCCGAGUUUGUAAAAUCUCGGGGGAUUCAGCUUUUCCAGUUCGGGAUAGAAGGGAGCAAGGAGCCUUUUGUAACCAUACAUAAGGAUACCAUCAUGGAAGCUCUCAGAGUCUUACUUGAUAUAAGAAAUCAUCCAGUUCUGAUUCACUGCAAACGAGGAAAGCAUCGGACAGGUUCCCUUGUGGGCUGUUUCAGAAAAUUACAGAAUUGGUGCUUGUCCUACGUGUUUGAGGAAUAUAUGCGAUUUGCUGCUGCAAAAGCUCGGGGGUCGGAUCUCAGGUUCAUCGAGAUGUUUGAUGUCUCAUGCAUGAUGGAAUGCGUGCUUGGCAUCAUAUAUCGUUACCAUGGUUGUGGUUCCCAAGCCAGGCGCAUUAGUUACCGAGACAUGUCAUAGCAUACAGCAAUCUGUGCUUGGCAAUCAUACAUCAUCGCCAUGGAUGUAGUUCCCAAGCCGGUCACCAUAGUUACCUGGACAUAUUAUAGGACAGAGGCAUCUAUCAAACCUGAUGCCCGUUCAUCUCAUAAAUCUCUGUUCAAUUGCUUCCCAGAUUUUGUUUUGGUAGGGAGAAGCAAGUAUUCAGAUUGUACUGCCAUGUCUUUUCUAUUUCCGAUACUGCAUGCAGCAUAUGUUAGGAGUCAUUUUUGGUUGUAAAGAUUAGAUAAACUGAUUCAUGUCGACUUGGUGAGAUAUUAGUUGUUUGCAAAGCUGUGAAAAGUAAUUCUUUCA